AUGUUUCUGAAACCCCUGCUGCUCCUGGCCCUGCUGGGCCCUGGCAGCAGCCUCCAGCUGUGGGAGACCUGGGAGAAUGGAGCCAAGGAGGCCCCAGGCCCCCUGCUUGUCCGUGGCCGGAGAGAAGUGGAUGAGGACGACUCCGACAUAUAUGACUAUGACAUACAGACGGACCCUCCAGAAAUGCUUAACUAUAGCACCGAGGCCCCCAAGCUUCUGCCUGUGAUGGGAACACUGGAGCAGAGAGAGUCUGCAGGGCCUUUAACACCUGAGCCAACCACUCUGGAGAUGACCACAAGGGACCCUGCUGUCCUGGAUGCAGAAGGGGCAGCCACUGGGAAUCUGAGCAUGGAACUGUUCAUACUGGUCACUCUGACCAAAGAACCAGUCACUGUAAUCCCUCCCAUCAUGGAGGAUCCAUCCACAGAAUCAGCUGCAGUGGAGGCCCUGUCCACAGGGCCAGCAGGCAGAGUGGCACUGGCCACAGAACCUGCAGCCACAGAGGCUCUUUCCACAGAGACCCUGCCCACGGAGCCAGCAAGCACAAUGGCACCAGCCACAGAACGCACAGCCAUGGAGGCCCUGUCCACAGGGGCCAUGUCCACAGAAUCCACUGCCACUGAGGCCAUGUCCACAGAAUCCACCGCCACUGAGGCCCUGUCCACAGAAAGUCACAUGGGCUGAAGCCUGCCCAGCCAUGGCCUGGCUAGAGGCUGCUGUGUCCCUGGUCCCUUCCCCUUGAAGCCCACAGUGUGGCAGGUACUAGGCACCUGGAUUGCCUGA